AGACCAUGUCUUCCUUUCUCUGUCUGCAGGUGACCCACAUAGAGCUCCAUAGACGUGACUGUGGGACAGGCAGUCUCCCUCUCAGCCUGGAUCCUCUUCCUGUCCUUUCCAUAGAGGCAAUGAUUAUCAGCUGAGACAUUCUUCACAACUCCACUGUGUGAAUGAAUCUUUGCCGUAAAGCCGCUGUGCUCUGCCACCCUGUCACCAUGAAGAGCAAGUAUUCCCAGUACUACAAUCGGAGUCUGAUCCACUCCUACUAUGCUGUCGCUAAGAACAUGACCCCCCAGGAGAUGGCUAAACAUAUUGAGAGUAAAAAACAGCUCACUUCCCUCAACAUCGCCAUCGUGGUCCUCUGCACCAUCAUCAUCCUGGAGAAUCUGCUGGUCCUAAUUGCUGUCUGCCGCAACAAGAAGUUCCACUCUGCUAUGUUUUUCUUCAUCGGCAACCUGGCAUUCUCUGACCUGCUGGCAGGCUCGGCCUAUAUAGCCAACAUUUUUCUCUCAGGGUCAAGGACCUUUGAGCUGGUGCCUGUGCAGUGGUUCAUCCGAGAGGGCACUGCUUUUAUCGCUCUGGCGGCUUCAGUUUUCAGCUUGCUGGCGAUAGCUAUAGAGCGCUAUAGUGCUAUCACCAAGGUCAAGGUGUACGGCUCCACCAAAACAUGCCGCAUGUUCCUUUUGAUAGGAGCUUGUUGGGUCACCUCCAUCCUGCUCGGUGGACUUCCCAUCAUCGGCUGGAACUGCAUCAAUAACCUUCCUGAAUGCUCAGCCGUUUUGCCGCUCUACUCAAAGAUAUACAUCCUCUUUGUUGUCACCAUUUUCAGCGUCAUACUACUCUCUAUUGUCAUCCUCUAUGUGAGGAUUUAUUUGAUUGUACGCUCCAGCCACCAGGAGGCGACCAACUUACCGGCCUAUGCCCUUUUGAAAACAGUCACCAUUGUUCUGGGGGUCUUCAUCAUGUGCUGGCUGCCUGCUUUUACUAUCCUCAUCCUAGAUUCAUCCUGCGGGAUACAAUUCUGCCCUAUUCUCUCCAAAGCAGACAUCUUUUUUGGCUUUGCCACUCUGAACUCGGCGCUUAACCCAGUGAUCUACACGCUGCGCAGCAAGGACAUGAGAAGAGAGUUUCUGCGUGUGUUGUGCUGCUGGGGGGUGCUACAAAGCGGACGACCCUCAGACCGUUGUCUUGUCCCUCUAAAGAGUUCCAGCUCUCUGGAACACUGCACCAACAAACAUGAACACCAGACCACACCCAUCAUGCAAAAUUGUACCACCUGUGUCUGAUUUGGUGCACACACACCAGAGUGCGUUUGAGUAUGCGUGCAUGUAUGUGAGUGUGAGCGAGAGAAAGCACGUGUAAUGUGUGAUCAAGUCGAGAGGCUGUGAUGAGACGGAGAGAUGUUUAAAAAAAAAGAAGCAAGCAUAGCCUGGACUGUUGAGACGCCUUCUAAAAUGCAUAACACAAUCAAAAUUGUGUGAUUUCACAAUCAACAUUCUAUCAAUUCACUCAUGCAGCAGGAGUGAAAACACAAUGUUACAAGAGGGAAACAAUUUCGUAGGUGAGAACUUUUAAAAAUGUGAAAAAAGCUUUUUCAUGGGUACUUUCAUUAAUUAGUAUGGAGAUGCAAACCAUUUUCAUGUAUAUGCCUGUCAUAUUGUUUUUGUUUUUAAAACAUGUAAACAUGUAUUAAAAGCCAAAAAUAGAAACAUAACUUGCAUGAUAUAGUUAUGGUGAGGCCUGCAUCAGUGCAAAGCUUGCAAAGGUGCACUUUUGAUUACUUCAGAGAUUGUUGUCCUUUAUGAGGAUAAACCACAUUACUCUCUUUUACUGAUGUAUGUAUACAUUAGGCCUACAGAUUCAUCACUCAUUCUUUACAGAGCUGGAGGCGUGGAGUGAUCAACUUCACUCAGCACUGCACUCCACAGAAGCCAAAUUACCACGAGUGCUCCAUCAACAAAACCAGGGCUAUAUUUUCCCUAUAUAACUUUGCUUAAACCACUUGAUUAACUACAACAAAAUUACAUAAUCUGCAUACAUUUAAUGCAUGAAAUUCUAACUUAUUUGUAAGCGCUGAUGUGUAUGAUAUAUUCCAGCUGCAGCUUGAAUCACUAACACCCCUUCCCUCAUUUGUCCACAUAAUCUGUCCCUCUUGCUUUUACUGUUGUUUUCUGUAUCUUAUAUCAGUUUCUGUUGAGGAAGGCCUAAUCAGAAAGCACAUUUUCUGAAGUGGGGUGGCACUGAUGAAUAAUACUCAAUGACAGCUGUUCAGCAGCUUUGACUAAAGGGACUGAUGCCCUGACAGUGUUGUAGCAAAAUAGCAGCAAUGUGCUGUCUCUGUUUGUGCCUUCCUCUUGGGGAAUUAGGCUGAAUGUAUGUAUGAAGUGUUUGGGGCAGGCGCUCCAUUGUUGACAGUAUUAUUGAUUAUCAUUUAAAUUUACCAAGUCAUUGACGAGCAGAGAGUUGGAUGAACAAGUUAGGUCACUCUCACUGUGAAGUCUUAAAUAGCACAAUGAACAAGAAUUUGUAGUGAACAUCAUGGUUUAAUUAGCUAGCCAUAUGCCUUGUACAACUAAAGAUGUAAACAAGUCUCAGCUUUCCAAAGACCCCUUGCAAAAUAGGAGAAGAUCCGGUUUGAAGCGGAAAAGAGGGGAUCUGCCCUCCUGGGAGGUCAGCUUCAACCUCAUUUUCUGACAUCCUACAACACGCAACUUCCUUCAGCCAUAGGAAGUCUUGUUUUUUUAAUUGUCCGGUUCCUGUUGUUCAGGGUUAGACUAACCUUAUUCCUGUACACACAUCUAAAAGUCUUUUCUCCGUCAGUGUUUUAAUAUAGAGUUUUAUAUUUAGAUGACCAAGUAGAAAUGGUGAAAAGCACUUUGGCAGCUUCAGUGAUGUUUGCUUUCCCCCAGUUUUUUCAGAUGGAGAUAUGUUUUAAUCUGUGUACCUAUCACUUCAUUGUAUUGCCUGAUUUAAAAAAAAAAAGAUAAAUACAUGAAUAACUAUGUAUGUUUGUAAGUAUGUAUGUAUGUAUGUAUCUUUGUACAGUAUGUAUGAUUUGUGUUAUAUGAAAUGUCUCGUGUGCAAUAGCCUUUUGUGUCCAGUAGCACGCUGCCUGUGUUAAAUCGGUACAAUCUGAAACACUAAUGUAGGUACAUAAACAUUUUGUUAAUUCCCUUUUUAUAAAAUAAAUGAAAUACUGAAAGAAUGCCA